UUUUUGGGUUGAAAAGUGCAUUAACAAGAUCCCACCUUCUAGUUUCAUCACUUGUAUCCUUUCAAUUAUGUUGUGAAAAUGGUUGUUGGGUCGAUAGAAAUUUGAUUUUUGGGUUGAAAAGAGCAUUUAUAAGAACCCGAUUUCUAUUUCACUUCUUUCAAUUAUGUUAUCGAUCAUGAAUAUAAACAAGGACAUGGGAAACUUACUGUGUUGUGUACAAGUGGACCAAUCUACAGUUGCCAUUAAGGAGCGUUUUGGCAAAUUUGAUGAAGUACUUGAACCGGGGUGCCAUUGCUUGCCUUGGUUUCUUGGAAGCCAGCUUGCUGGCAGUCUCUCCCUUCGUCUACAGCAAUUGGACGUACGCUGUGAAACCAAGACAAAAGACAAUGUAUUUGUCAAUGUAGUGGCAUCAAUUCAAUACCGCGCCCUUUCGGACAAGGCAAGUGAUGCUUUCUACAAACUUAGCAACACAAGAACCCAAAUUCAGGCCUAUGUCUUUGAUGUGAUAAGAGCAAGUGUUCCAAAACUCUAUCUUGAUGAUGCUUUUGAGCAAAAAAAUGAAAUUGCAAAAGCUGUUGAAGAUGAACUUGAAAAGGUAACGUCUGUUCUGUUGUGAUGCUGAUUUAUGUUGAUGAACCUAAUU